AUGGCCCUAAGUUUGUCGAUGGAAUACUACCAGUUUAUCCUAUCGUUCGGUGUGCUCGGCGGAAUCUCAGCAUCCCUUCUCUUCCAUCCCAGUAUCGCAGCUAUAGGGCACUGGUUCAAUGAGCGGCGAGCCCUCGCCACAGGUAUUACCUGCACAGCAGGGGGACUUGGAGGCAUUGCCUUCCCCUUGAUCAUUCUCUACUCUGCGCCCCAUAUUGGAUUUGGAUGGUCUAUGCGCAUCAUUGGCUUCAUCUGUACAGCUUCGUGUCUCGCCGCAUGCUUUCUCAUCGAGAAAAGAUUGCCGCCAAACCGGUCGGGGGGUUCGUGGAUCGAUCUCAAGGCGCUACGGGAUCCGAAAUUCGGCGUGACGACAUUGGCCGUCUUCUGUGUUGAGUUUGCCUGCUUUAUUCCCUACACCUACAUCUCAUCCUACGCAAUCCAUGAGGGCAUGGGGGCCGAGUCCGCCUAUCUCCUCAACACCCUACUCAACGCAGGCGCCGUCCUCGGCCGAGCGCUCCCUGGAUACGUUGCCGACAAAUACGGCGUAUUCAACAUCAUGUCCAUCACAGUGAUCGUAUGCACGGUCAUCAUUUACGGUUUAUGGUUAACAUCAGGAGGUAACGAGGCUAUGAUUCAGGCUUUCACUGUCCUUUUCGGGUUCUGGUCCGGCGCCGCCAUCAGUCUGACUCCAGUCUGCAUUGGUCGGGUUUCCGAGACGAAGGAUCUGGGUAAGCGUAGCGGCACAGCUUUCUGUGUAUCGAGCUUUGCCGGCUGGGCCGGUAUUCCCAUUGCAGGCGCCAUUCUGGAGGCGAAUGGUGGAUCCUACAGAGGCUUGAUAUUGCUCACCGGUGGUUUCUACGUGGCCACCUCGAUAGCAUUUGUCGGCGCGAGGGGCGUCACGGGUGGCUGGCGUCUCAAGGCUGUGGUAUAA